GUGGAUGAACUUCAGCUGGAUAAUGGAUUAACGCAUCAGACAGAUAGCUAGCAAAACGCACAGCAUAGUAUGAACUCCAGAUGUCAAUGUAUUGGAAGAAAACACCCACCCACCCACGACGGAAUGACUCAGAGUUUAAAGUAGUUGAAUAAGCGAGCGCCGGUGCGGACGGGGAGAUUCUGCGUGGGGUAUGUGACUUCUUUCGGGUACUUAAAAGUUCUCCCAACUGUGGUUUUUAUGGGGAAGAGAAGAACUGAGCUCGACCCGCCAUACGGACUGACAGUUGCUGCGAGAGGCGCUGGUGCCAGAUAUGGAUAGCGCGCGGGAUACCUCUGGACACUGGUGCGCAUCUUCAUAAAGUGCGACACUUCGAGACGGACGAGGCCUAAGAUUAAUUUCUCCUGUGUCAAAGUUUCUGAAUAACGGGGGACGUGGAGGACAAAACCGCUUCUUCCCAACCAGUAAACUGAUUUAGAGAGAAUAGUUUGAGAAAAGCAUCCAUUGUACUUUUACAAACCUCCACAGGAAGCUUUGAAGUAGAGAAGAUGCGUCAAGGGGUCGCGGGGAGAUUUCAGAUGCUGCUUGUGCUUUGGUCAAUACUUGUCCUUAGUUUGGGGACAGGGUUUCCUACCAGACACAAGAACGUUGCCCACAAGGCUCAUGGCCACCCUGUUCAUAGCGGUGCGGUCCAAUAUGUUACUGAGACCUUGGAGCAGCACAACCAGGUGCAGAGUCUGCUGCCUGAACCACACAGCCACCAGAGGAGGUGGUCGCACCCCCAGCACCGCUCCGUCGGUGUUCUUCCACAGCCGCAGCCUGAGGAGGAGACCAAACCCUUCAUCCUGGAUCUCAAGAACUUUCCAGACCUGGCCAAUGCUGACAUCAACUCGCAGAACCCCAACAUACAAGUAACUAUUGAAGUGGUGGACGACCCUCAAAUGGAGGUAGAGAUGGACCUUGCCAAGGAAAAAGACUGGCUGCCCUCCUCGUCCUCCUCCUCCUCUUCCACAGUAGAUUGGCUUGGAGGUAAGAAGCUUUUCUGGCCUCUUUUCUGGAGUUACACCGACGCCGAUUCCAGCGAGGACAGCAACAGUCGGUCAGGCGUGGAGGAAACUGGCGAGGAAGAGGAGGAUGAAGAUUACUCCCUGGAUUAUGGCAGCGAGCAGCCCUUACCAAGCGGAGUGGGUGGAGACUGGGAUACUCAUUGGAAUGAAGGCUGGGAUCCAAUGCAGAGCUACUAUGAGAAGGAGAUGGAUGAGUGGACUCCCUGGUCUCCCUGUUCAGUGACAUGUGGACACGGUGAGAAGAAGAGGACCAAGUCUUGUGGCUAUUCCUGCACUCUGACAGAAGCCUCUAAGUGUGACCUGGAGCCUUGCCCUGGUGAUGUAAACACUGUGGUAGAACCUUUCCCUUUCGAGAUGGAGAAUGGCACAGAGCCAUUUGGGUCAGAUGUGGACAGCUGUGAGAAGUGGCUCAACUGUAAGAGUGAGUUCCUCCAGAGGUACCUCCACCAGGUGUUGUCUGAGCUGCCCAGCUGCCCCUGCUCCUACCCUUCUGAAGUAGCGUACUCCAUGGUCAGUGUCUACGAAGAGACUCAUGGCCGGCAGUUCCGCUGGCGUGAUGCCAGUGGCUCUAAGGAACGCCUGGACAUCUACAAGCCAUCAGCGCAUAGCUGCAUCCGCUCAGCACUUUCCGGUGACUUGUCUACUCUUGCAGCGCAGCAAUGUUGUUAUGACGAUCGUGGGCGGCUGAUCACACGGGGGAAAGGCGCAGGCACGCCUAACUUGAUCAGCACAGAGUUCUCCCCUGAGCUGCACUUCAAAGUGGAUGUGCUGCCUUGGAUCCUAUGCAAGGGAGAUUGGAGUCGCUUCCAUGCGGUGCGGCCACCCAACAAUGGGCUGAGCUGCCCAGAAAACCCCCAUGAAGAUGUGUUCAUGAAUGAACUGGAAGAGGCCAGGGAGUACUGAGGGACCACAGCCAAAAGUACCACUUCACGCAGAGUCAGAGGGCCCAAUCCUAAUUUGAGAGGAGACUGCCUACCUUAAAAGUCCUGAAAUAUUACAUCUAAACCAUGCAUCAGACAUUAAUCAUGCAUUGAUGACUCAGAGGAAAUGCACAUUUGUGAUUGGCAGAUUUGUGGGGUUUAGAAAUGGUGGUGAAGUGUGGCUAUCUCAAGUUAGGAUUUGGCACAGUGUCCUGACAACAGGCUCAACUAAACUGAACUCAACUAUAUGAAUGGAAAAAAGAAUGCUGUGUUCUCCCAUCGCUUGCCAACCUAUUUCACAUGACAUCAGGCUCUCUCUCUUUAUAUUCCGUACACUCUCCUGGGUACAUGAAAACAUGAUGUCUACCUACUGGCUUUUUUGAGGGUGUACUGGAGCAUUUGAAAUUGACAAAAGCAUCAUAAGUUAAACAUCCGAAUCAUGGCUCUUGUUAGUUUUACAUUAGGAAAUGUAUGAAAAUGGACUGUAUUGAAGAAACAAACACAUGCAUAGGCCAGAGUCCCUCAGAUGAAUAUCCCAACUAUGCUGCUACAAUAUAAGAUUCUUCAGGUUCAAAAGGUAUAAAGGGGACGGAACAUUAGUGUACCCAAAAGAUGCCAUAUAUUACAGCUAAUCUUUUGGGAUGAAAAAAUUGUUAAUAAGAAAAUAAUUUGGGAUGAGAACCAGAGAGGUUAGCUACAAUGAUUUGAAACAUCCUGUUGUCAUUUUAGGAAUUUGCUAAUUAGAAUUAUAAUAGCCUCCAGGCAGUAAUGAUACAGUAACAGCACAUUUGGUUCCAAAUAUUUUGUCACUCAGAUUGAAUUCAUGCGUUUCCUCACAUUUUCACAGCCAGGAAAAUAUAUGAUCUGGGUGCCAAAGAGUUAAAAAAUCAGACUGUUGGUGCCUGUUGGUAAAUCCAGCCUCCUAAGUCUCUGCGGUGGAAAUGUAGGAAAAAAAAAAAAUCAGUUCUACAGUGAGUAGAUUGUGCUCAUAGAUGUGUCUCUACAAUGUUCUCAGGGGGACUAACUAACCAUGAUAAACAAAUUUGUUCAUUUACCUCUACAGUGGAGCACUAUUGGACCUUGUACAAAGUGUAUUGGGGUAAAGAUUAGUAGGGGCUAUAGUGUGUGUAAUCCAGAUUGGAAGUGGUAAAGAGAUAAUGUUUUUGUGCAGUUUCUGAAAGCAAUGGGAACCCUUAUAACUGAAUUGUCGUCGAUGCAUUGUGUAUGGUAGAAAGAUGUUUAUGUACAGAACUUGAUUGGAUAAAAAGGACAUUCCUAUUCAAAUAAACAUUCCUGAGUGGUCAAGUAGUUAGUGCCAUUCUCAAGGCUGACAGAAUAUUGAUAAAGGCAACGUGGAAGUAGUCACCUUUAGGAAAUACUUAAGUCUUCAACCAUUAGGUAUAGUACAAAGGGCUGAAAAGGCUGAUGUCUAACUAUAAUAAUAAUAGUUUUAGCAUUGUAGCAGUAGUUAUGUUGAAAGUCUGCACUUCACUCAGUGGCAGUAUUCUUAUACCUACUUAAAACUACCGUAACACUCCAGGAAUGGCCCUUUCUAUCCAGUCUGAUUUUAUGGAUGUUCGCUCCAAACCUUUUUUUUCAGGAAUUCUGCUUCCAGAUGUGAAUAUGCAGACCUGCAUUUACACAGUUUGGAAUCAUUGAUUUUAAA